AUGGCGGAGGCACUCGAAGAAGCAGGAGAGCAAGGCGGCAGCGCAGUGGUGAAGGACUUGUUCUCAGGCGCGGUUGGAGGUGUUGCGCAGGUGUUGAUCGGUCAACCAUUCGACAUCGUCAAGGUGCGACUCCAGACAACAAACCACUACAAAGGUGCCCUGGACUGUGCAUCUCAGAUCCUCAAGAACGAGGGAGCCACUGCCUUCUACAAGGGAACACUAACACCACUCAUCGGAAUUGGAGCUUGUGUAUCUGUCCAGUUCGGUGGCUUCAACUAUGCCAGGCGGUACUUCGAAGCCCAGAAUGCGUCAAGACUCAACAAGUCCGUCGAUCAGCUGGAGAAGGAGCCACAACCACUCACGUACGGCCAGUACUAUGCAGCCGGUGCUUUCGCUGGUCUAGUCAACACUGUCCUCUCAUCACCGAUUGAGCAUGUCCGCAUUCGGUUACAGACACAACCACACGGAGCCAACCGACUCUACAGUGGACCACUCGACUGUAUCACCAAGCUCUCCCGCUCUCCAAACGUUGCCAUGGGUCUCUACCGAGGCACGAGCGUGACCCUUAUUAGAGAGGCCCAAGCCUACGGCUUCUGGUUCUUGACCUUCGAAUACCUCAUGAACCAAGAUGCAAAGCGCAACAACUACGCUCGAAAAGAUGUCGCCACAUGGAAAGUGGCAACGUACGGCGGUCUGGCUGGAGAGAUGCUCUGGAUCUCGUCGUACCCGUUCGACGUGAUCAAGUCGAAAAUGCAGACGGAUGGCUUUGGUGAGAAGCAGCGGUACAAGUCUAUGCGUGAUUGCUUUGCGCAGACUUGGAGGCAAGAAGGAGCAAUGGGCUUUUGGCGUGGUGUCGGACCUACGCUGCUCAGAGCUAUGCCCGUCAGUGCUGGAACGUUCCUUACUGUUGAGCUGACGAUGCGGUUUCUCAACAGCUAG